GCUGUACAGACUGCUGCCACACCAGCUGGCUAGGUCACUCUCUGUCCAAGUGGCUGGGAUUGUAGGCCUUCUCCAACAGGAAGCUCAAGCCCAGAGCUUCUCCACACCAUUGUACUCAGGAUGAAGAGUAAGAACCAAGUGAUUUAGGCAUAGAAAGGGUCACAGGAAGGAAGUUUAAUUAAUCAAGAAAGACAAACAGGACAUGUAUGACUUUAAUGCCAGCACUGAGGAGGCAGAGGCUUGGGAUGUAUCUUUGUGAGAUUGAAUACAAUCUGGUCUUUAAAAGAAAAAAAAAACGUAAAGAAAAGGAAGCCCUCUCGCCCUGCCCAGGCGCCAUCACUAUGACAUCAGAGUGGUGGUCCAAUCAUUGGGCUAUGGAACAUAGUUCAAUUUACAUAAGACCGCUGAUUGGUUGAAGGGCCUAAGCCCGCCCCCACGAUGACGUUUGUGUACAGAUAGUUGCCAGAGAAACUAGACUGCGCUGGCGGUUGGACGUGCGGCAGUUGAGUUCCUCACUCCCGCUCCUCUGCAGUCCUUAAAAAGCUAAAUUUGAUAGACAAUCAGGAGAUUGGAUCCUGGUUGUAGAAGUAAUACAGACUACAGACUUCUGGAAUUGUACCCAGUCGAGUUUUCCUGAAAAACCCAGAAAAUCUGGGAAUUCACUUGUUCCUUGAAGACAAAGCCAGAAGAUUGCUUCAAUGAGUUCCACUAAGAGAGUGCCUCAUUUUAGUGACCAGCAUUUUGCUGAUGGUAAUGACUCUGUGGGGCUGCCGCCAAGCAAUGGAUGGGCCAGAAAUGUGACAAAUGACUCCUCGGGACAGAAGUCAACUGACCUGACAAGUCUUCCAAGAAGCCCGGGGGGUGGGGGAGCCACAAAAGACCAAUCGGUGGCGAGAGGUCGAUCAGGUGAGAAAACCUGCACAGCAGAGAAAAAGCCCUCCAAUGAGAAGGAUGGCUUUACAGAUAAAAGCCCCACUUCUGGGAAGUACUAUGUUGUACUUGCGAAACCCUUGGCUGAGACGCUUCUCUUAGACGACGACAGUUGCGAUGAUGAAGAACGUCCUGCUACAGGGAAAUGUUUCUCUGCCAAAAAGCACCAGUCUGAGACGCAACUCUCUGGUGAGAGGCAUCGCUUUUCUGAGAAAAGUCGCUCAUUCAAGAAGCAUCUCUCAGAUGAGAAAGAUAGUCCUAUACAGAGAGGUUACCUUAUCAAGAAAAGACGUCUUACAGAAAAAGUUCGUUCUACAGAGGAAGACGGUUUAGCUGAGAGAGGUCCCUAUGGCGAGAGAGUCUGCCCUUUUGAGAGAGGUCAGCCAAGAAAGAAAGGUCUUUCUACUAAGAAGAGUCCCUCUCCUGAGAAAGGUUACUUGGAUGGGAGCGGACCCUCUACGGAAAAGCAGCACCCUCAAGAGAAAGACAGCCCAGCCAAGAAACUCAGCUGUACAGAGAGAUAUCUCCAGAUAGCGGUAGACUAUUCUGUGAAGAGAGGACUCUCCACAGAGAAAGAUCAUCCUGUAAGGAGAGGUCCGUCUGCCAAGAAAAGUCACCUAGCAGAGAAGGAAUACUCAGCAAGCAAGAGUCGAUCUGCAGGGAGAGAUCGCAACAUCAAAAGCCGCUGUGCAGAGGAGCGUCACUCAGUUGACUUGGUUAACUGGGCAUCGAGCAGACACUUGGCAGGUGAAGAUAGCUCUACAAGGAGAGAUCGCCGCCUCCAAAGCUGUCCUAUAGUGGAGGGUCGCUCUCUGGACAGGGGUAAGACUGCAAAGAAAAGACCUUCCACAGCGAAAGAUCACCCCACAGGGAGAAGUCAGCUUGAGAAGAAAAAACGCCAUGCAGAGGAGGGUCGCUCAGCUGACUUGGUUAACAGGGCAUCGAGCACACACUUGGCAGGUGAAGAUAGCCCUACAUGGAGAGAUGGCUGCAUCCAAAGCUGUCCUAUAGUGGAGGGUCGCUCUCUGGACAGGAGUAAGACUACAAAGAAAAGACCUUCCACAGUGAAAGAUCACCCCGCAGGGAGAAGUCGGCCUGAGAAGAAAAAACGCCGUGCAGAGGAGCGUCACUCAGCUGACUUGGUUAACAGGGCAUGGAGCAGAUACUUGGCAGGUGAAGAUAGCCCUACAUGGAGAGAUCGCCGCAUCCAGAGCUGUCCUACGGUGGAGGGUCUCUCUCUGGACAGGGGUAAGACUGCAAAGAAAAGACCUUCCACAGCGAAAGAUCACCCCACAGGGAGAAGUCAGCCUGAGAAGAAAAAACACCGUGCAAAGGAGGGUCGCUCAGCUGACUUGGUUAACAGGGCAUCGAGCAGACACCUGGCAGGUGAAGAUAGCCCUAUAUGGAGAGGUCGCCGCAUUCAAAGCCUCCCUGCAGAGGAGGGUCGCUUGGCCAGAUCGAUUAGCUUGGCAUCAAGCAGACCCUGUGGAAGUGAAGAAGAUAUUCAUACAGGGAGAGGUGGCAUCUUCAAAACCCCCCUUCCAGAGGACAGUCGCUUGUUGGAAUGGUGUUACACUGUGGAGAGAAGACCUUCUACAGGGAAAGAUCACCCCACAGGGAGAAGUUGGCCUGAGAAGAAAAGCCGCCCUGGAGAGGAGGGUUGCUCAGCCGAAAGAGUCAACUUGGCACGGAGUGGGAGUGUACCCUUUGCAGUUGAAGAUAUCCCUACAGAGAGAGGUGGCCGCAUCAGAAGCCGCCCUGCAGAGGAGGGUUACUUGUUGAAAAGGGGUUACACCGUGGAGAAAACACCUUCCACAGCGAAAGAUCACCCGACAUGGAGAAGUCCGCCUCGGAAGAAAAGCCGCUCUGCAGAGGAGGGUCAGUCGGCAGAUAGGGGAACCUCUGCAAGGCAAAUUCUCCCCACAGGAAGAGGUAGGCUUCCAAAGAAAAGCUGCAGGGCAGAGAAACAUCUAUCUGCCCAGAGAGUUUGCCCUCCCAAAAAGAGUCUUCCUGCAGAGAAAGUCCUAUCUUCCAAGAGAAUCUGCUCUGCAGAGAAAGUUCACUCUGGGGAGAGAGGCCACCCUGCUAAGAAAAAGAAAAACAAAAAGAAAAACAAAAAGAAAAACAAAAAGAAAAACAAGAAGAAAAACAAAAAGAAGAAGAAAGAGAGCAUGGAAAAGAAGUGCUGUUUUGUGAAAUUUUGUUCUGAGCAGAGUGUUGACUUUCAAGACCGCUACAAUGAUAAAGAAAGUAACACAGGAGAGAAUGUGUGCUCUGUGGAGGAAGGUCAUCACUCCAUGGAGCAAGGCUUUCAUGUAGAGGAACCCUCUUCAGGAUCCAUGCCUACUGUGCCAGUGCUAGUACCAGAGCACAUGGAGAAUACUCCAGAAAACAGAAUUGGCAGUGGUACCAGCCAAGUAGCCCAAGUCCCUCACCAGAAUGUGGUUGGGGUUGUCACCACUGGUCGGCGUAUGCAGGCAGCGAAUCUGAGAAUGGGAGUUGAUUUGAAGUUGCCUCGAGUACUAAAAGCAUGUCUUGCUGAGGACUGGGACUUGAUAAACAAGCAGAGGCAGUUAUUCCACCUCCCUGCUGAGAAGAAUGUAGAUCGUAUUCUCAAAGUCUAUGCUACUCUCGUGAAAUCACAAAAAAAGUCUGGUAAUACAGAAUAUUCCAUUGAUGAACUUGUGUAUAGAAUAAGAAAGUCUUUCAACAAGAUGCUGGGCACCCAUCUGCUCUUCCAGUUUGAAAAACUACAGUAUGCCGAAAUCCUCCUUGCUUACCCAGAUAUUCCAAUGUCUCAGAUUUACGGGGCUCCACACCUCCUGCGAUUAUUUGUGAACAUUGGAACUGCAUUGGCCCAUUCAUACCUUAAUAGGCACAGUCCUUUGUUAGUGUCCAGCUAUAUGCACGGUUUCCUUAAUUACCUAGCAGAGAAUUCCACUUCUCUGUUUAACACCAACAAUUAUAAAAUGGCUUCUGUGGCAUAUUGCUUCAAAGCCCUGUGAGGGUCUGCAAACCAGUCUGUUAUGACCUAGACCCGUAAACAUUUCUAUUUUUGCUGUUUUUGUUGUGUAUUUGAUGUUCUUGAAAACUAUAAAGUUAUAACAGAGCUUAGUACUUCAGGUUAUAUAUUAUUGUGAAUAGAAAUAAAAACAUUAAAUGC